CAGCAAAAUAAUUACGUACAUUUAUGUGUGUAUAUACACAAACAUACACUCACACACAAUAAAUAAAAUCACGCAGAUCCAACUAAACUGAGAAAAACAGCAGUGAAAAAAGGUGUUUUUAGGAGGAGUGAGAAAAAAAGUUACAUCUACAAUUUCAUUAACUACUACUACUACUACUAAUAAUAAUAAAAAUGCCAGAUAAUAAUCAAGGUCCGCCCGAGCCGGAAUUGGGUCCACCCAAAGCUGACUUCAGUGCACCACCACCCUAUGAAUUAAACAAUCCAACGCAUGUAAAUCUAACAUCACAACAACAACAAUCGCAACAAAUGCCACUGAUGAAUCAACAAAACCUUCAACAAACACAUGCAACACUAACAGAGAUACCCAUGCAUCAUGGUAAACUGCCCACAUACGAAGAGGUGCAAAUGGAAAAGUCACUAAAUGGAGAAUUGCCACCGGGAUUUUUAACAACACACACUCUACAACCGCCCCCCUUAGCACCUCCGCCUAAUCCAUUGCUGGCGAAUUUACGUGAUCCGCCUGGUGCGACAACUGGCAAUGGUGGUACACCCUCCGGCUUAACAUUCAUUGCAAUUGAUGCCUCCGAAGCGGAGAAUCUAACUAAUUCAAGUGAUAACAAUCUAUUGGGCACCGAUAUCAUGUUUAUAACUGCUUUUGUGGUGGCAUUUCUAUUCAAUUGGAUUGGUUUUCUAAUGUUGACCUGUUUCUGUCACACCAUUGCUGCUCGUUAUGGUGCCUUAUCUGGCUUUGGUUUAUCACUGGCGAAAUGGACUCUAAUCGUUAAACAUUCUACGGAUUUGGCUUCACAUGAGAAUUCCUGGUUAUGGUGGCUAAUAAUGGCAUUUGGGUUUUUAAUUUGUGUACGUGCUUUAAUACAAUAUGUUAGUAUUAAACGAACUUGGCGCCUAUUAUCAACAUCGGCCCAAGAGCGUUUAUUAUUCUUCUACUAAAAAUUCUUUAGUUUAUGUUCUAAGACAGAGAGAAUAUACAUAAAAAUAACAGAAAUAUAUUAUUAUAUACAAUGAAACAUAUUUUAUAUAAGCUAAGGUACAAAAAAAAAGAAAGAAAUAAAAGAAAAUAUGUUGCC